CCCGGUUUCUUCUCUCAACCAUCACUCCGACAAUACCGACAAGGACAGCAACAAUGGAUGACGCCUGGCAAUCACAAGAUAUUGCACCUUCUGGUAUCAGCAUUCCUACGCACGAAGCCAAUAUGAAUGGCGGACCUGCUGGUAGGGAGGAGCAGAGCUGGAAUGGCAAUGCUCGCUCACCUGGUAGAGAGCGUGGGGGCGAACCUCCCAGGCGCUCUAGCCGCAGCAGGAGCCCCGUACGGGACGAUAGAGGCCGGGGGGGUGACAGCGGCGGUCACAACCCUGGAAACAAUCUUCACGUCUCAAACUUGAGUCACCGUGUUGAUACGCGUGACCUUGAAGCAGCGUUUGCUAAAAUUGGCCGUGUCAAAAAGGCUUCGGUCAUGUAUGACCCGCAUACCCGCGAGUCCCGUGGGUUCGGGUUUGUUACCAUGGAGACUUCUGAGGAGGCAGACGCUGCUAUCACCGCGCUCAAUGCGACUGAAAUCAUGGGGAAGAUUUGCACCGUAGAAAGAGCCCGCCGUGGACGUGCGCGUACUCCCACCCCUGGAAGGUACUAUGGCCCUCCCAAGCGCCAUGAUAAUGAGCGCCCGUACGACCCGCGUCCUUACGACAGCCGUUAUUCCCGCGACUACGAUGACCGUCGUCGUGGAGGUCGUCCUGAUGAAUACCGAGGAGGAGGUGGUGGUGGUGGUGGCGGUGGUGGCGGCGGCGGCAGGGACUACGACCGCGGUGGCUACCGUGACUAUGACCGAGGAUACGGUGGUAGCCGCGGCGGUCGCGACUACGAUCCUCGUGGCCACGACUACGAUAGGAGAUACUAAAUGUGCCCGCUCUCAACACGGAUCAUCUCGCGUUAUGUUUUGCUUUCGUUAAUAUGUAUUCCAUAAGUAACUGUGGUGAAUGAAGCCUGUUGCAUAAUGGACCAUGAAUGUAACGUUUGGAUUCCGCGUUGAUCCGAA